AUGUCUUCGGCCGCUGGCGGUGGUGCAGCGGCCGGCAGAAGCAGCAGGGAUGGAGUGCGCAUGCCGCCCGUCGACCGUGCCCAGGGCGGCAGUCGAGGUAUCGGCUCUGUGACACGUCCGUCGAUCGACGCUCCGUCGAGGCGACCGCUCCAUCGCCGCGGCUCAUCGCAGAGCCUCAAGCUGGAUCUCGAUGGCCUUGACCUCGGUGCGAGGCCGGUAGACGUGUCUCGAAAAUCAAACAUGCUCGAGGAAAUCGUCUCGUCGCCUACCUUGCAGCCAACAAUGAUCUCGCAGGGCUCUGAUGCCAUCGCACUAACCCCCGACAGCGGGAAGACAGUCAUGCCCGAGCAGCAUCUGCAGCAACAGCAACAACAAGUGCCACAACAAGGCGAUGAUACGAAUGCGGACCAGAAGACCCCCGUGGACAGCUUCUUUGCUCACCUGCGAGAUUGCGAGGAGUCCAACGACAUCUUGCCCGCAGAGGAUGUCCUCGGGUCGAGCUCUGUGACCGACGACGUAGAGGAGCGGCACUCGACGACAUUAUCGAGGGCUCUGGAGGGCACCGGAUCGGAGCAAGUGCUCGGUGGGUUUGCGAGCUUGGGGUAUGGAUACGAUCGGUCCGCUGCAAUGCGAGGGUCUGUGUCGUCCAGCGUGCCCCACUCGCCCGCGAACGCCCUCUCCAGCACGAUUGUCGCGAAGGCGAGGGGCAGUACCGUCGCAAGACCUCUGAUGCACGAAGAAGAUGAGGCAGAACUAUCACCGUGGUCAACGCUCUCUGUCGUGCAGCACGAUCCUCUGGAGACGCUCGACAUCCUCUCCAUCGACGAAAUGGGCUUGCACAGCAUCGACGUGGGCAGUGCGGAAGACUGGGAGGGCAGCCGGCUCUCGGCUAGGCUGGACUCUUGCUCGUCCUGCUCAACUCACGACGAAAUUGCAUCGCCGCUGGAUUGGACCGUGGCUCGCAGCGUUCGACGACAUCGCAAGUGGGUCGUCGCUCCAAGCUCAGCCUUGACGCAAGAAUCCAUCGACAAUGCCGAGGAAGUGGCUAGGGCCGUCGUCGUCUCCGACCAUCUGGCUUCCAAGGUGGCUUCAAAGGACGAUCAACCCCCGGCGACUUUUUCGGGCAUGGCUUCGUUUGAGCUUCGCUUUUUGCAGGCCGGCUCGGCUGCACCCAACUGUACCAUCAUUCUCGCGAAUCCGCAGACGCAACGCGAGCUUGCAGUCUCUACCCCGGGUUCGGCUUCUGCCACUGACGCCGGCCACAGCCCCACUUCGACGGCGCCCAGCCUGUUGGGAGGAAGCCGUGCCGAUGACAACUCUACAACGACUAGUGCGGACAUUGGCUGGCCUUCGCUGCGAGCUAGGACAGCAUCCAAGCCCGGAUCAUCCGUUGCAACCACGGUUAAGAGGCCAGAGUCGUUGAAGCUUUCGAAGUCGCACGCGAAUUCGGCACAGGGGGAGCCCUUCGUCAAUCUCGAAAGCCGACGACCUUCGUUGGGAAAGAGUGUCAGCCACGAAAGUCUGGGCGUAACAACCCCCAAGCUACCGCCUUCUGCAAAGGAGGUUGAGUCCACUACAAGUCGCAAGAGCUUGCCGCCCGUGCCUCUCUUUUCAGCAGCGGGAACAACGCUGUCUCUCUCGGCUUCUUCGUCGUCAUCGACGGGCGAUUCCGCGUUUGGACAUUCACAGCUUACUCCGAUCCAGACGCUUCCCAGCGAAGGACAAUCGCCCUUUGGAGACUACACGCUUGAGCAAGAAAGUGGUCCCCAGCGCGGCAGGGCGAGCAACCUCUCUCGAAUGGCGGCUGUCACGGGUGACUCGCUCGGGCCUUCGCCUCGAUCGUCAAUGACAGAGAUGCGGGGACUUGGCUCGCCUGUCCUGAGCACCAUCGAUCCUGCUCGUAUGGCUGCCUACCAGCGUUUGGCCCGAGGUGGGUCCCCGCUUCGGGAGUCAAAGCUUGCCCCACAACCACAGCAACAACAGAGCAACAGCGGCAGCACCAUGUCGAGUAGGAAGGACAACAACAAGCGCAUCAGCGAAUGGUUUCGAAAGAAGGUCUUGCCCAGUAACAGUGCCCCUCUUUCGUCCCUCUCGGUGCCAGCUUGGGACUCGCUACAGUCUCCCUCGUCCUCCAUCGGGGAAGGCGUCGGCAUUGGCCGGGCAAGCGCGCCCGCCUUCACGCAGGGACUGCCCUCGCUUACAAAGGUACCUUCUGCCAAGUCAACUAAGGGCAAAAGCUCUCUGUCCUCCAAGACGAGCUCGGGUCGGCCGAGUGUCAAUUCCCCACCUGCCGCUCGCGUUUCGCAGUUUGCUUUCUCUCCUCCCGGCUCGGAUGCAGAGACCAAAGAGGAAACGCCCCGAUUCGGCCCCAGAGACAUCCGAAAACGAGCAUCCAAGAGCGGCAACACCAGCGUUGGGCUCUCUUCUGUCGCGCUCAAAUCUGGGAACGAAUCAGCAGGCAGCCAUGUGGCCGCAUCUCAGAGGUGA